AUGGCGCGCAUCACGCUGGAGGACCUGGGCGGCCUGGGCGAGGAGGAGGAGGAGGAGGAGGAGGAGCGGGGGCACCAGGAGGCGGCUGCGGGGGAGGCCGAGGAGGCCGAGGACGAGGAGGGGGCGCGGGGCCAGCUGUUCGCGCACUGGGAGGCCGUGGCCGGCACACACCGGGUGAGCCUGCCCCGAGACAUGGCGGGCCCCAUCGCCCAGAUGACCCGGCACGGGCGGCUGCGCGAGCCCGUGCCCUACGCCACCCUGGCGCGGAGGGACAAGUGCGAGGAAGGAGCCUACGAGGAGCGACAGUACCCAGCGGGGAAGUGGGCCUGCGUCACCAGGGGGGAGCCCUUGUACGAGCAGAGCAUCUCCCUGAGCUUCAUGAAGCUCAUGCGCUACAUCUGCAAGGAGAACUCUGGAGGUUGCUAUCUGGGCAUGACAGUACCAGUGCUAAAUGAAAUCCACCUGACCAAGGAGGGGACCGAGCUGGCACGCGACGUCCUCACUGCCUUUUACCUGCCAGGAGCAUUCCAGCAAAACCCUCCUAUCCCCAUGGAUCCCGAAAUACACAUCAUAGAGCGGGCGCCGCUCCGAGUGAUAACCAGGGUUUUCUAUGGGAUGACCACUGAAGAGACAAUCCUGCGAGAGAUUGGGCUCCUUUGGGAGCUCCUGGGCUCCACAGACACAGUGCUCCGGGAGACCUACAUUGUGGCUGUCUAUGAGAACCCCAGCAUCCCUCAGCGCCGCAAUGAGAUCUGGUUCAUCCGCCGGGCAGAGUGAGGCCUCACCCUUGACUGCAGAGCAUCCUGGGGCCGCAGGCGGCAAUUCCCACCUGCAGGAGAUGAAAAGCAUCCUGAGGC